AUGUGCUCCCUCCAUGCAUACCAGAAUUGCGUUUUCGGUAGAAUCGCGUUUGUGUUUGCCCAGCGUGUGUCUCUGCGUUGGGGAGAAGUGUCCGAGUACACAAACCCUCCUACUCGUGGCUAUCUUUUUGGCGGCGUGAUUGAGGACAAUCGGAGCGUGUACUCAAGCAGAGGAGCAAUUACCGAGCUUUUGACAGUUCGCAGACAUACACUCAUCUGCCUACCUCAUCUGGUCAGACAGACCUGCCUGAAGCCGAUUGGCAUGUACCCUUCCACAGACUCGCCUCAUCACACAUUCUGUCAUGCGCUGGUGUCCAAGCUGUCCGAGCUCGUCAGGUGGAUGCAGGGGUGGACAGAAGCAUUGGUGACAAGAUGA